GAAACGCUUCUCUUUUAUUUCGUGAAUCCAUCUGCUGUUAACAUGAGACAUGCGCAGUCAAACUCAGAAAUGCGAAACGCAGUUCGUCCACUACAACAAAGCAGACACUGAUGGAGCGGCAUCUAUCGAUACGCUGAAGAGAAGAAGAGCACCUCCCACUUCGCCCCGGCCCCGGUUACAUAGAUGUGCGUGCGCGGUGAACAACUGUAGCACUCUUGUAGCUCCGCAAGUACUGGUCGGCAAAAACGGAGGUGACUGUCGUUUGAGAUUCCCUGGUCGUUGCUGCGUUUCGAUUCCUCCACUGACAAGGUGCAGCAACACAAUCGGUAAGCCAUCAACUUGGCCUCUGAAGCUACAGUAUGAUUAUUAA